CACGUCGCCAUGUCAUGGGUUUCCGAAGGAGACCAGUUGCUCUAUUACUGUUGGGUAUCACAAUAUUUCUCUUGAUCCGGAGGUUUUUGUCUGUCUUCAGGACUGAAAGACUGGGAUCAGUUCCAGCCUCCUUUGACAUUCCAGAUGAACAGCCACGACCCAAGGAUGGGUAUGCAAGCCAUGCGAACGAGAUCGUGAUAAUGCUGCCAGAUACGGGGACAUUACAGAAUCCCCGUAUCCAGCAUAAAUUCCCGGCCGAGACAGCCAGGGAGAAACAGACUCGCCUUACACGUCUUGACCACAUCAAGGAGGCGACGUUACAUGCCUGGACUGGGUAUCGCAAGCAUGCUUGGAUGAAGGAUGAGUUGAUGCCGGUGACCGGGGGUCAUCGCACCACGCUAGGCGGCUGGGCUGCAACUUUGAUCGACUCUCUUGAUACGCUCUGGUUGAUGGGACUGAAAGAUGAAUUCGAGGAAGCCGUGCAGGCCGCGGCGACGAUCGACUUUGACGAAUCGGCAACCAUACCCGUCAACGUCUUCGAAACAACUAUCAGAUACCUGGGAGGGCUGUUGGGUGCAUACGACGUCAGCGGUGGCAAGUAUCCCAUCCUGCUUCGGAAGGCUCUCGAAGUCGGCGAUAUGCUGUACCUCGCUUUCGAUACACCUAGCCGAAUGCCCAUCACACGAUGGUCUAAGAUUGGAGUCGAAGUCGCGGGUGGUGACACAGUCGUUGCUGAGCUGGGAACCUUGACCCUCGAGUUCACUCGACUCACCCAGCUGACCGGCGACAACAAAUUCUACGACGCCGUGCAGCGAAUUGCAGACUGCUUCGAGCAGCAACAAGGCAACACCAGAGUUCCUGGCUUGUUUCCACACACUGUCAAUGCACGGGACUGUUGGUUUGCUGAUGGAGUGACGUUCUCGAUUGGUGGCUCGGCUGAUUCUGUCUAUGAAUACUUUCCUAAACAGCAUCAAUUACUCCGUGGUGCCAUAGGACAGUAUAAGAGGAUGUAUGAAACGGCACGAGAUCCUCUGCACAAGUACUUGCUAUCAAGACCCUCCACGCCAUCUGGUCAAGACAUGCUCCUGGCGGGCAUCUACAAAAGUUAUGUCAAUGGCCGGAAGGAAUUCAUUCCAGAAGUCCAUCAUCUUUCAUGUUUUGCCGGCGGCAUGUUCGCCCUGGCUUCCCGGCUGUUUGAACAGCCCCAAGACUUGGACACGGCGAAACAAUUGGUUCAGGGCUGCAUAUGGGGAUACAAUCAAACGGUAACGGGGAUCAUGCCAGAGAGAUUCCGAUUCCUGCCUUGUGCCACCACCAACGAUGACUCUGCAUGUGCUUGGGACGAGCAGGCCUGGACCAAGUUGAUUCUCAAGCACUCAAGUGAAUUGUCCAUCACCGAGCGAACUCUAUCUGCAGAGGAUCGUGUGGCAAUUCUGAGUCAGAGACUUGGUCUUCCCAAAGGCAUGCCAGACCUGGUCAGCCCGGAAUACUACUUGCGGCCAGAGGCCAUUGAGGCUAUUUUUGUCCUCUAUCGUGUCACGGGCGACGAGACGCUGCGUGAGACGGCCUGGGUCAUGUUUGAAAACCUUGUUCGGCAUACCCGGACUGAGUUUGGGUUCUCAUCUAUCCGCGACGUGACGAAGCCUGAUUCAGCUAAGCUGGAUAGGAUGGAAAGCUUCUGGAUCGCAGAGACAUUGAAGUAUUUCUAUCUUUUGUUCUCAGACCCCAGUGUCAUCAGCCUGGAUGACUUUGUUCUGAAUACUGAGGGACACCCUUUUCGGCUGUAAACUACAUGACUGGCUGCGUUUAUGAUGGAUAGCAUAGGAUAGGAAUGGAAUGCACAAAAUUAGAUAUAGA